GAGCAUUUCUAACUGGAGUUCACCAGCUGCGCUGUCGCUCCUUCUUCAUACAUACGCAAACCACCAGAGCUGCCACUCCUUCCAGCUCCAUUCGCUCUUUAGUCUUCUUCAAAAGCAUCGGCUACUAGCUGUCGUCUCUACCAAGGUUCCAUAGAGCGCCAGUGCUUUCCAACGCUAUAUCAACAUCAACAUCAAUACUUUAAGCCAGGUUUCCAAGUGCAUACUCCAAGUCUGCGUGGCAUAUCGAUCCCACUCCGCGUUCUGAUUCGCAAACCAUAUACAUACGCAGCCAAUAAGAUGUAUCUCUCCAAGGUCCUUCUCGUUACCUGUGCGGCCUUCGCCCCGUUCGCCUCUGCUGCGGUGCAGGCUACACCUACAGAUACACCUGUGCCCGUCUCAAGCACGCAUGUCGCAUCCACGCCGCUGGCACCAACUCCGACCUCCAUUUCGUCCAGCCCCCUUCAUACAGCCAGCAGCAGUGUUGUCAUCAUCAGCAGCAGUAGCAGUGCCAGAUUCCAUCCCAGCUCUUCCGCUUCGCCAAGUCAUAUGGCAAGUUCUAGCCGUCGUGUGUCUAGCUCCGCCAUUUCCAGCUCCGCCAUUGCCAGCUCCUCAGCUUCUUUCACCAGGUCAUACAUCACCAAGGCAUCAGCUCGCCCGACCACCACGACAUCGACCGAUGCGGACUCAAAGUCGAAGUCAAACUCUGGUUCGGACUCGGAAUCCGCCACUGCGGCUGCAGCAUCUGCUACUCACUCGGGCGCCGCCGCUCCGGUCGCCCAGCUUUCUGGAGGUAUGGCUGCUGGGGUUAUCGCUGCUGCAGGAUUUAUGAUGCUCUAAGAUACUCUGAGUGGAGUGCUGUCUUAUGGUCAUGCCUCCCUGUAAUACCAGAGUGGCAUAGAUAGCUGUCUGCGCUAAGUUUGAGAAGCGGGGGUUGAUGUGGCAAUGAGAAAGGAACUCUUUAACGACAACUCGCUGAGAAGAAGCAUCCCAUAUAUGUACUAUCGACAACUAUGAUAUUGAGCUCUCCUUUCGGACAGUAGUUCCCUCUCGUGUGUUCUCUUUUUAUCGUGUUUUUGAUCCAUCAAGCCUUGCAUGUGUCCAUUUGACGGGUCGGCAGCAUUUGCUCAUCUGUCUGAUUUGUGACAUUAGUACCUUGCACAUUCUUUAUUUCCAAAUUCAUGCAAAUGCUUAUAAUUGACUAUAUUUUCCUACCUCUCUCUUAUCUUUUCC